CGUCGGGCUGCAGCGGUGGGACAGAUGCGCAGAAGGAUGCGACACGGACUGAAGAAAGUUUAAAUAUGCUACACAAAGCAGCGGACUUUACACGACUGAAAGCUACAACCAAGAUAUCGGUUCCUCCUGUGCCUCUGAUCCGAGGACUGGUUUGAUUUGGCUGCGUAAACACACACCGGUCUUUGCAUUAUAGUCCUCGGUCUCUCCACCUGCAUGAUCUGUGAGCCAGCUUGCAAGAUGAGCUUCAAGAACUUUAGGGAGUACCUGGCCUGGCUGUACUACCAGUACCUGCUCAUCACCGGCAUCUAUGUCCUGGAGCCCUGGGAAAAGUCCAUCUUCAACUCCAUCCUCUUCUCGGCCAUCGCCAUGGUGAUCUACACCUCAUAUGUCUUUGUGCCCAUCCACGUGCACCUUGCACUGGAGUUUUUCUCUGGGAUCUUUGGUGGCCAGCCUGAGAGCACUAUGACACUCAUGAACUAAAAUAAGUAGAGACUAUGGGGAUUAAGAGACAGUGACUGAGUGGAUUAGGAUGAGUCCCCAAAUCAUUUCCUAUAACUCAUCUCCUUAGCUCCUGGAGUACCUCUUUACAUCACAUUUAUCCCAGUCACCUCAGCUAAUCAAGACUGAACACAUGAAGAUCUUAAUGGAAUGAUCUGGAAAUCAGAGCCUUUCUAUCUUCUUUACAUCCCGAACCCUCAGGCCUUACCCCAUGGUAUUAGACACACGACUGUACAUUACUUUCACGCCCUCGCUGUGAAACGCCUUGUGAAAUGUUGUUAUUCCUAUUUGUUUUUGUUUUCCUCACCAUAUGUCCUGUGUGAGUGCAUAUCUCCUCAGGGUUUGCACGAUAGGGUCAUAUGUGGAGAGUACAUCUGCAUGCUCGUCUCACCACAAAAUACCACUAGACUCACUUCUUUCCAUCAUGACUUUUAAGCUACAGUCUUUAAAGGGGCAUUCCAGCAAUUUAGUUUGUCGCUUUAGUAAAAUUGGGGGAUUAAAAAGAGAGCGAUCAUAGUCAAAACAGCAGAAGCUGAGAUAUCCUGAGAUAUCUCAAGUCAAAACCCUAAAACACUGCAUCCUACAUUUCCCAUAAUAGACUCAAUAGGGUCUUUUGGUAGACCCUCUUUGACUGGUUAAUACCCACAUCUUUUAUACCCAACACCUCAAGUUUGUAAUACAGCCUCUCAGCUAAAAAUGUGUGGUCUCCAAGCCUAAGCCGAAAUAACCCUGAUGACAUUAUCUGGGUUAUUUUUCAGACUUUGACUGUGUCCGAAAUCACUAUUUACUAUAUAGCUCACUAUAUUUACCCUCUGCCAUUUUAUAGUGUCUGAAUUUGCAGUGUGAAAUUUAUGCACUGUAUAGCGCCCUCAAAAGUUCCAAUACUGGAAUGAAAAAGUAGUGUUUAUGGCAUGAACAAUCAAUCAGCAAUCAGUCCCACAAUGCAAAGCGUCGCAUUUUACAGAUGUGAAAAUUACCGUUGUGCGACUCUACACCUGUCAAGUGUCUGAAUUCUCAUUUUACUGUUCACUACAGAGUAAACUAUUGUGUGUUUGUUAUAUAGGGAACAGCGAAUGAGUGAACGAGGGAGUGAUUUCAGACACAGUCAUAGAAAAGCUCCCUUCAGAGCCACAGAAGACAUUAUGUAAUCGUUUUAACAGGCUGAGUUGGACGAGUAAACUGAACUUGAUGUGUAAAAUCGGCAGAGUGCCCCUUUAAUUAUCUGCUGCAUCUGUGAUGCCACCUGUGACAUGCACUUAAUGUUACUGGUUGAUCAAUGGUUUUGUAUCAGAACCACCAUCACCUUUUUUCAUUGUAAUGCUAACUGGCAGCGUACAUUGCACAUUUUAAGUCACUGUGUAGCUGAUCUUCAAAGAGCGAGUUGAUAGAAAAGCCCAAGCUAUGCAAUCAGUCUAAAAUUACCUACAUUUACCGAUUUACUGGUAACAAAAUAACGCCAUAGAUGUGUGCCGAUCCCCUCUUUAUCUCCUGUUUUUUUACUUUUGGAAUGUCAGGAGGGCGUGCUCAGCAUUGAGCAUGAGCAAAUAUUGAUACAACGCACCUAUGCGUUUUAGGCUUGGCUUUGUUAAUGACGUAGAUCAUCUUUGAUUAUUUGUGCUUUGGGUCAAGGGCUCGCUGAUUACAGUCUAAUCAUGAUCUCUAAAUUAACUUUAUUUAUAUGGAGUUAUAUAUUUAUAUACACUGGUAAAUGCUUGGCUGGUUACAAUGUCAGUUACCAAACUUCUUUGAUUAUUUAUAUCUAUGUUCUCUUGUUGCCAUAAAUAGCACAUCAUUUGUUCUUUACUUUGUAUCUCCACCUGAAAGUACUUUUAUGUGGUUCCCAGUUUGUGUCAUUUCAUUUCAGUUUUGUUAAACAUUUGCAGUAGUUCUAAACAUUUCCUGUACUGAGAAUGAAGAGCUCUCUGAGAAGCUUUUUUCUCCAUUCACCAAAAUGAAUGUUAUAUUUAUACAUGAUAGCAACACAUCACUGCAAUAUUCAGAAAAUAAAGCUAUCUGAAGAUA